CAUCAUACUCUUGCUUGGCUUCCUCAGCAAGCGGAUCUGUUUAUUAAGCUAUCCCGGAAAAAUCAAGCUUCACGACGUCUCUAAUAUCAGCUAUUCACGACACAACGUACACCGACCUGUUGCACAUAGUCCAUAUCCGUACUUGUUACUGGUUACCUAUUUCAGUAUUUCUUUCGCGACUUUCGAGAUACCCGCUGUCUUCGAGUUUGUUCGUCAUUUUGGACAAAUUCAAGCUACAAUUUCGCUUUUAUUUUUAUUUUUAUAAGCCAACAGCUCUUAUAAUAUCCCCAGGCACAGGCUUUGCUUCGCUUUGCUUGCUGCCUCUGACGGUCCGCACAUUCCAGUUCGGCCCUCAAUCUGUUCAUUUGCCUUCCCCGUGCCUGAUCUCGGGCACGUUUAAUCCUUCAAAACGGCGGUUCUAUCACACGCUCAGAGGGACAGCCUUGUCCCUCCUCAUCUACUCGGGAUGCAGGACCUGUCCAUCUCUGGUGUUCCCACCGGGCCAUCCCAGGGGUCUGCCAACCGGUUCGGCCAUGCCUCGAAGCCCUCCCAGAGCGAAACCGGCUUCUCUCAUGGCGCUUUUGCUUCCAACAUGUCGAGCUUUGGUGACAGACGUCGUGGCAACAUCCCUACCAUCAACACUCAGCAGAUGAACAGCCAACAGAUGAACCACCACCAGCAUCAGCAGCAGCAUGCUGCUCCUCCCACCGCUCAGGAUUUGACCACUCCUGGCUCCGGCUUCGACAUGAACUUUACGCCUCUGCUUCCUUCUCAAUUGCUCCUCGGUAGCCCGUUCCAGCCUGGUACUCCUGCCUUCGCCAACAACCAGUUCCAGAACAUGAAUGGUUUUCAACACGGCCAGCAGCAGCAGCAGCAGCAGCAGCAGAAUGGCAUGGGCAGCCCUGUUCAGCAGCACAUGUCUCCUCAACAGUACCAAGCCAUUGUCUCCCCUUCCACUUACGGUGCUCCUCAGUUCUUCGCUCCUCAGUCACCUACCGGGGCUUUCACCAACAUUGGUGGCCAGAUGCAUAUGCAGCCCACCUCGCCUGUUCAGAUGAGCCCGACAGCCAUGGUUACUGGUACUAGCCGGACUGUCUACCUGGGCAACAUUCCCCCGGACACGUCAGCCGAGGAGAUCCUUGGCCACGUGCGCAGCGGCCAGAUUGAGUCUGUCCGCCUUCUUCCCGACAAGAACUGCGCUUUCAUUUCGUUCCUCGAUGCCAACGCCGCCACCCACUUCCACUCUGAUGCCAUCUUGAAAAAGCUCUGCAUCAAGGGUCAGGACAUCAAGAUUGGCUGGGGUAAACCUUCCCAGGUCCCGACCUCGGUUGCCCUUGCUGUCCAGCAGUCUGGCGCCUCCCGAAAUGUCUACCUGGGUAACCUGCCCGAGGAGAUUUCGGACGAGGAGCUGCGUGAGGACCUCGGCAAGUUUGGUGCCAUUGAUACGAUCAAGAUUGUUCGCGAGAAGAACAUCGCCUUCAUCCACUUCUUGUCUGUGGCCAAUGCCAUGAAGGCUGUUCAGCAGCUGCCUCAGGAGCCCAAGUGGCAGUCCCCUCGCCGGGUCUACUAUGGCAAGGACCGAUGCGCUUACGUCUCCAAGACCCAGCAGCAGAACGCCGCUCAGUACCUCGGCAUUAACCCUGGAUAUGCUCACAUGCUUACUGGCGCUGACCGCGAGGUCAUUUCCAGCGCUUUGGCCCAGCAAUCCGUUGCAGCGGCAGCUGUCGCUACCACGGCGGGCGGCAUCAAUAACCUUGGAAACCGUACCAUCUACCUAGGCAACAUCCACCCCGAAACCACCAUCGAGGAGAUCUGCAACGUUGUACGAGGUGGUCUACUCCACCACAUUCGAUACAUUCCUGACAAGCACAUAUGCUUCGUGACUUUCAUCGACCCGACCGCCGCUGCUUCGUUUUAUGCGCUGAGCAACAUUCAAGGAUUGAUGAUUCACAACCGCCGUCUCAAGAUCGGCUGGGGCAAGCACUCUGGUCCUCUCCCUCCGGCCAUCGCUCUGGCUGUCAGCGGUGGUGCCUCCCGCAAUGUGUACAUUGGCAACCUGGAUGAUACGUGGACCGAGGAGCGCUUGAGACAGGAUUUCUCCGAGUUUGGUGAAAUUGAACUGGUCAACACCCUUCGUGAGAAGAGCUGUGCUUUUGUCAACUUCACCAAUAUCGCCAACGCUAUCAAGGCCAUCGAGGCCAUCCGAAGCAAAGACGAGUACAAGAAAUUCAAGGUCAACUUUGGCAAGGACCGCUGCGGCAACCAGCCGAGACAGCUUCAGCAGAGCCACGCUCAGUCGCCACGCGAUGGUGCUUCGCCUCCCCCGCAGGGCAGUGCCAAUGGCGUCUCCCCAACCGGUGCCACUUCUCCUCAGUCUUCCGGCAGCCCUACGAACAUGCUCGGUCACGGCAACAACCCACUGACGCUGUAUCUGAGCCAAGUCUCUCAGCAGGCCCAGCACCAGCAGCACCAUCAGCACAACAUGCUUGCUUCUCAGCAAGCUGCGCUCUUCGGUACUGCUUCAUCGUCUCCAAAUGAGCUUAGCCUCGAGGUUCCCCAACAAGGCCAUCUCGGCCAUGGCCAGUCUGCCAGCAUCUCUAAUGGCUACCCUGGCUCGAACGGGUCCCAAGCACCGACCACCAUUGGUGGCUUGUUGGCACCUGGGCGCGGCUCUCACAAUCGUGCUGUCAGUUUGCCUGCGUUCAACGCUUUCGAGGAAGGCGGCAACAGCCCUGUCAGUGCUAUCGGCACUCAAGCGGGGGAGCGCCGAGGUCACCAGUACCAGGCAAGCUACGGUGGAAUGGGCUCCGGUUUCGGGCUUGCCAUCCAAGGCGGACUGAACGGCUGGGUCGAGGAGGAGGUUGCUAACUAAGGUACUACGAGGAAGUGAAAUUA